UCGUGGUCAUGUCAUAAGUAAUAAAUGAUUAUGAAUAAAAAGAGAAGCAAGAUUGUUAUACAUAUCGUUUACGUAAAUUCGCUCCGUGAUAUAAAAUGACAGUCUUUAAAUUAAUUAUUGUGUAAUAUACAAAGCAAACUGUCUAUAUGUAAAUUUAAAAAAUUAUAUAUAAAUGUACAUUUGAUAUCAACAUUAUAUUAUUGAAAAUGAUUACUGAUGAAAAGUUAUUUUUUACAAAAACAGUUCAACAUUUGGCAAGAUCAUUAGCUGCGAUAAAACCAACACCAUGGGAGAAGGUGAACCGACUAUUCAAAUUAUGCCCUCAAGAAUCAGCUCAAGGUAUAUUCCGCAUCGACCAACGUGGACAGGAUGCAGUGAUAGCUCUCGGUAUAUAUUUUUUGGAGUCCGGAUUGCAACACAGAGAUCGUAUUUUACCUUAUCUACUUCGUCUGUUGCGUGGAUUACCUAAGAUAGUAUGUCUCGACGAAAUAAGAGUGACUCCUGAUGAAAGAAUACCAGUAACAGAAAGGUUCAGUUUUUGUUUGAAUACAUUGUUGAGCGACGUCGCUGCUAGAUGUGAUCCAGUUUGCGAGGAGAUAAUAUCAAAUCAAGUCGAACUACUUGCGGCUCUGACAAAUCUUAUCCGUGGAUGCAAAGAGCAGAAUGGAUCAAGAGGAAUGCAAGCUAAAGUAUCACUUUGCAAAUGUCUCGUACCGAUUUUGAUAGGAUUGGCGCGAGCAAUGGGCCGCUUUGCUUGUGUCGAUCCUCCCUUACUUUGUCGUAUAUUUCCACCCCGUGGUUUGCCAACAAAAAUAUCUGGCAAUGAAUCACCGCCUAAUACACGCCACUUGAGUUUUACUAAUUUUCGUCCCAUCAUACCGCGUUCCUUGAGCGGCAAUUUGAAUUCACAUUUGAGUAUCGACAAUGCGCAAGUUGCGUUAUCUAUUCCAGACGACUACCAAGCUGGCAAAAGACCAUCACUGCAAACUUAUACGUCAGUACCAUACGAUCCAUCAACUUACUUUUUCACUCGCUAUGGAUCCAGCUUCAAUCAGUUUCCCCAAAUGCGGUGCAAUGAGAGCCCGGAAAAACGCACUGGGUUAUUAUUUGGUAUCGUUCACUUACAAAGUGUUCUAGCACUUGCUAAAAAACUUUUGACGAAAGAUACAUUGGAUUUCCUUGAUGAAGAAGCACAACAGGUCUAUCAUUCAGCACAAGUACAAAUAUUUCCUUAUCGUUCAUUCAGCGAGACAAUGAACCUGGUGAUGGUCGCUCUUUUACGUGAACUUUUGCAAAACCAACGCGAUUUACCGGCUCCCUUUACUAAAGACGUGCAGGAAUUCGUCAAAGGGCUCUUUCUGUCAGGACAAACUGAACUACAAUCUCGUCAGCAUGAUGCCAGUGAACGCGAAGAUUUCGAUACUAAUUUUCGAAUCGUCAAUCGAUUCAAAGUAAAUGUCAUGGCCAACUCUGCCUGCGUUGAUCUACUAGUUUGGGCUAUUGGUGAUGAAACCGCUAAUGGAGAGUAUGAUUUGAGCGCGCUGUACGCAGACCUAGGUUCCAUGCUGAUUGGCGAGGGCGCUGAUAGUCUUUGCAGCCGACUGACGGAAAAAAUAAAUUCAAACCAUGGACCAACACUAGUAUUAGCACACAUGCCAUUGCUGAUGGUGUGUCUCGAGGGUCUUGGAAAGUUAGCCCAGAAAUUUCCAAACAUCGCAAUCACGUCGACGUACAACCUCCGUGAUUUUUUGAUGAAUCCAUCCCCGAUUCUUGUUAAAUUGCACGUCCAGCUCAGCGAAAAACAGGCUAAAGAUAAUCAGUUUCGAGCAUUAGUUCAGGGAAAGGAAUUAGCAGACUUGAAGCUCACGCUAUCACCAUCACAAGCAGCCUUUGAAAAGCUACGAGACGCUGCUAUUGGCAAUUUAUGCAUCGCCUUGGAAGCUGCACAGCUGGUCUACCCGAAUUGUGUACCUGCGUUAGUCAGCAGUGCAUCAACUCGGCUGUGUAGUCUUGAAAAAAGCGACAGCUCUGAGCAGCUGACGAAUCAACUAGUCGCUGAAAAUAUUAUGAUAAUGCUUGGUCAUGUUGCUGUGGCUCUAAAGGACACUCCUAAAACAACCAGCAGUAUUUUGUCAUUCUUUGAGCAGAGUUUUUGCCGCGACCCCAGUUCUCUGGACAGUCUGAUUGUCGACCAGCUCGGCUGCAUGAUAAUAGCCAAGUGUGAGGCCCGGAGUGAAAUAAUGAAAAUGUUUUCAGUAUCACUGGAGUCCAGUUGUGCGGCAUUCGCCACAAAUGUCGAUCGUAAACAGUACCGACAUGUCACCGGCGCUGUUACAAAUGCACUGGCAAAUAUAGCAGCAAAUUUACAGGGUGAAGAUGAGCUAGACAAACUUUUGCGUCGGCUGCUGCAAUUAUUUGUGUCAAUGGGUCUGGAGGGUAAACGGCAGAGUGAUAAAAUGACGACGAACACAACAGCGCUGACGACAACAACAUCUGUCAGUACAAUGAGUAAAGACACAAGUGUUGCUGGUAAUCUAGGAGCUCUUAUUCCCGUAAUAGCGAUACUUGUACGUAGAUUGCCACCAAUAAGACAACCAGAUCCACGUGUUUUAAAAUUAUUUAAAGAUUUUUGGUUGUACUGUGUUGUGUUUGGCUUUGUACCAGUGGAGCCAAGUUCCUCAAGAAUAUGGCCGACAGAAUGGUACGAAGGCGUAAAAGAAAUUUCAAUAAAGUCACCAUAUCUAAUUGCUAAAACAAAUGCUAAAUUAGAAAUGCGUGAAUUACAAUAUACAUCUGCUGUGCGUAAUGAAAGUGUAUCAAUAAGUGAGCUUCAAGAUUUACGUAAUCAGAUUUUACGAAUGAGCAUAAGGUCAAGUGAUGUUGCGGCUUAUGUUGCUAAGAUGCAAUUUGCCCAAAUAACGCAUUUACUAUCCGUUUAUUGGGUCGAAACAUUGAGAGUUGCCAAUAGUCCGGAUCCAAGCUUACAGCCGAUAAUGGAAUAUCUGAGUGACUCUGAUUUACAAAAAGACAAAAGCGGUAUGUGGCAUUGCAUUUGCAGUGUUGGUGAUUCAGUAUUUGCUAAAUUUAAAGAUGUGAUGCAAAAAAAACCAAAGGACGAAAGACGCGAACGUGAACUUGAAAAUCAUGCGCAAUUUCUUCUAGUCAAUUUUAAUCAUGUUCAUAAACAAAUACGACGAGUUGCUGAUAAAUAUUUAAGUGCGCUUGUCGAUGUUUUUCCUCAUCUGUUGUGGAACUGUCGGGUACUGUGGAGUAUGCUGGAUAUAUUGCAAGUCUUGGCUUUUUCACUUCAAUUGGAUCCUAAUGAAGAAACACCAACACUCCAUAUACCUGGUACUCCUUACAAUAUACAUUUGAUGGAUACGCUGGAAGCAAGGGCUAAAAUAGUAGAUGAUUUCGCUGCCAGAUGUAAAGAAAUAAUUCAAGAAGCCAUGAAAUGGGCACCGCAUGCCGUGAGAUCACAUUUACAGGAGUACAUUAAUCAAAUUCCGUCAUCAGGAAUGUGGCAUCAUACAGGACUUGCUCUGGCAACUGAUUCAGUACUCGAGUUUAUUGAUUUAGCAACACCUUCAACUGGUCCAACUAAUACCAACUCAAUGGACAAAAGACGUGACAACAAGAGUGCUAGCUCUUGGCUACUAUCAAUGAUGUCCAGGCGUUCGUGGUACGCUGGUGAAGUAACAGGAAUGCUGGCUCUCGCACGUGCAGAAUCACCCAGUACUGAAACUGCACCAGAUGAAGGCAGAAGUAUUGUCAUAGAUCGUGUUAUAUCAGCAGUCAAACACACAUGUCAAAGUCGAAAUGACAAUUUGCAUCAAAGCGCCUUGUGGCGCGCUACUGCUCUAUUAAUUUCAAUGCCCGGUCUUCAUAGACGACUUCUUCAUGUUGUUGCUGGUUCACAGAUUGAGUUAUUUACUCACACCGCAAUGUCGACUGCUGUUGAAUGCUGGCAGUGGCUUUUGACAGCACGGCCAGAUCUUAAGCUUCGUUUUCUCCAAGAAAUGCUGUCAGCUUGGCAGCACACUGUUGACAAAAAAAUGGGUUUAUUUUCACCGGAAAAAGAAGAGGUUAAUCCUCUGGCUGUUUAUGAAGGCUGUGAAUUAGGACCUAAUCCGCCUUACGUUAAGCCACACGAAAUAUGGAUAACAUUUAUUAUUGAAUUAAUUGAAACAGCUAAAUAUUGUUGUCAAGAAACAGUAGAAAUGAUUGCAAUGCUCUUACAUCGUUCAUUACCAAUGGCUGUUGGUACAUCGACCAGUGGAUCUGGUUUGAAUAGACACAUUGCUGCUGUUGGCGCGCGUUUUAAAUUACUCUGCUGUGGAUUACUGCUUCUCCAAGGUGACACAUUACCUAAAUCACUAAGUAAAAAUGUUUUACGUGAACGAGUUUAUUAUAAUUGCUUGGAUUAUUUUUGUCGUGAACGUCAGACUCCUACCCAAGAAUCCGAUCAACUGCGUGAAGACAUUGUGACAUUAAUGCGCUUCUGGCAGGUGAUGCAUAGCGAUAAAAAAUAUCUGAUGAUGACUGGAGAAGCGGACUUUGAAAUGUUGAUUGAACAGCAAUCAAAUUUAGCAUCAAUAGAACCAGCGACACCAAUGAACUCACUGGCACCUACCUCACGGGAUAUGAUGAAGCAGCAGUCAAACACUUGGAUCAAUACAGUUCCUCUGUCAUCCAGCAGUACCGCGCUGGGUAAGCGCAGCAAUCGGAGCAAAAGAAUACUUCAUAGUAAUGUAAUCGUAAAAGAUUACAUCAAAAAGCGUAAUCUUAUCCUGGAACUGCUGGCUGUUGAAAUAGAACUAUUAGUUGUGUGGCACAAUCCAGGUGGUAAAGCAGAGUUAAAUAUUCCUGGUGAAGCUUCGAUUGCUGAAUGGCGAGCUAAAUCAAUGAAUGAACGUUGGCGAGAUUGUACACGUCUUGCUUGGGAUAUCAGUCCAGUCUUGGCAGUAUUCUUACCCGCUAGAUUGAAAAAUUCCGAGACAAUAGUGAAAGAAGUCUGUAGACUGGUACGUCUCAAACCAGUACCUGUCAUGCAUGUUCCUGAAGCUCUUCAGUAUCUCGUAACCACAGAUACUCUAUUGAAUGACGCGCCAGAAUUAGUCUACAUGCUGACUUGGGCUCGAGUCUCACCAAUCCAAGCACUCGCUUACUUUUCACGUCAGUUCCCACAUCAUCCCAUUUCAGCCCAAUACGCCGUGCGUGUUCUCGGGAGUUAUCCAGCUGACGCAGUCCUAUUUUAUAUCCCCCAAUUGGUACAAGCUGUGAGACACGACACCAUGGGAUACGUUAUUGAAUUUAUAAAAGCUAUUGCGAAAAGAUCUCAAGUGGUAGCACAUCAACUGAUAUGGAAUAUGCACACAAAUAUGUACAUGGACGAGGAUAAACAAAUAAAAGACCCUGAUCUUUUUGAUAUCCUUGACGGAUUAGUCAAGUCAAUUUUGUCUUCAUUGUCGGGACCAGCUAAACAAUUUUACGAGCGCGAGUUUGACUUUUUCGAAAAAAUAACAAAUAUAUCUGGAGAAAUUAGGCCGUAUCCAAAGGGACCGGAAAGACGGGAAGCUUGCUUGAAAGCUCUUCGUAAAAUAUCCGUCCAACCUGGAUGCUAUCUUCCCUCGAAUCCUGAAGCUAUGGUUAUUGACAUUGAUUACAACAGUGGUAACCCUAUGCAGAGCGCUGCAAAGGCACCUUUCUUAGCGCGAUUCCGAGUCCAGCGUUAUGGAAUAAAAGAGCUGGAGAAUAUUGCAAUGGCAGUAUCAGCUAACGCCAAAGUAGAAACCAAAUGUGCAGGAUUAGAAACAUGGCAAGCAGCGAUAUUCAAAGUCGGUGAUGACGUACGACAAGAUAUGCUGGCUCUCCAAGUUAUUAGUAUAUGCAAAAACAUAUUCCAAAAAGUUGGGUUGAAUUUAUUCCUCUUUCCUUACCGAGUCGUCGCCACAGCUCCUGGGUGUGGUGUAAUAGAGUGCGUACCAAAUGCAAAGUCUCGUGACCAGCUGGGACGCACGACAGAUUUUGGAAUGUAUGAGUACUUUUUAGCGAGAUACGGGUCAGAAACAAGCAAAGAAUUCCAAACAGCUCGUCGUAAUUUUAUCAAGUCAAUGGCUGCCUACAGUGUAAUAACUUAUUUACUACAAAUAAAAGAUCGACACAACGGAAACAUUAUGCUAGAUGACGAAGGCCAUAUUAUUCAUAUUGACUUUGGAUUCAUGUUUGAGAGUUCACCUGGCGGUAAUCUCGGAUUCGAACCCGACAUAAAGCUUACUGAUGAAAUGGUUCUUGUUAUGGGGGGUAAAAUGGAAGCUGCUCCAUUCCGCUGGUUCAUGGAAUUGUGUGUCGAAGCAUUUUUGGCCAUCAGGCCGUACCAAGAAGCUAUUAUUUCUCUAGUCUCUCUUAUGCUGGACACCGGGUUACCCUGCUUCCGUGGUCAAACAAUAAAAUUAUUACGCAGCCGUUUCGCCCCGAUGGCUACUGACCGCGAGGCUGCUGUUUUUAUGCAGAAUGUUAUACGCAACAGUUUCCUCAAUUUCCGUACCAAGACUUAUGACAUGAUACAGUAUUACCAAAAUCAAAUUCCAUAUUAAAUAAUUAUUGUGUCUGAGUUGUUUGGUGCCAAGCUGUUACUUAAUUCAUUAAUAAAUGUAUAUAAAUAAUAUAAACUGUGUGUGUUAUCACGGCGGGAAACGUGAUUUAUAUUUUAAAUUGAUGGGAUAUUAUAAUUAUUAUUAUUGAAAUAUUUAAAUUAUUAAAUGUGUGACUAAUAAAAUUAAUAUUUAUUAAUGAUGUACUUGACAUUCCAAUUAUGAGUAUGAAUUAUUUUUAUGUAAUUGCAUUUCAUUUGAAAUUAUUCUGGAUGUAAAAUUUUUUUUCAAUAUUUGCGAUCACUUGACAACUGUUGAAUUUUGUAAAAAAAAUAUAUAUAUAUUAUACA